AUGACUUCUCCUUCAUCUUCAAUCCAAAUGUCAAAUUUCUUCAUCCUCUUGUCUUUUCUAACACUAACACUCUUCUCUUCUUCUUCACUAAGUUCACAAUCAUCUCUCAAUAAAAAUGACUUUGCCAUUAUUGCAGCAACUCCAGCUUUAUUACCAAAUCCUCCUCGGACUCCGUACGUUGCAGUCUCACCUGACAUUGCACCUCUCUUUCCGACACCCGGCGGCAACGGCGGCGGCGGAGACUCGAUGCCAACAAUACCCUCCACCCGGAGCCCACCUAAUCCCGACGCAACAAUCGGCCCCGAUGCCGCCGCAGUUGCGCCGUCGGGGGCGUUGCCGGAAUCGUCCGCCGGCGAUCUUGAUUUGGCAAAAUGGUUGGGAGUUGGUUGUGUAUGUUUCUUGGCUUAUUGGUUAGUGAAUUUUCGAUACGUUAUACGGUAUGAUUUGAUAUGAUUCAUAUGGGGUUAGUUUAUUGUUGUGAGUACUUUUUUUUUUGGGUGUAUACAUUUCUUUUUUAUCUUGAUUCUUUUAAGAGUUUUAAGUUGGAUUAUUGAAGAUCUAGUAAUGGUUGUUUACUUAGGUGUAUUUACUUGAAAGAUUUUGAUUUUCAAUAGAAAAAUUUUGAAUUGAAAUAGUUAUUUGAUGUGAUAUAAAUAUGUAUUGACGUAAUGUUUUGAAUAUAAAAUUAAAUUUUUGUGUAAUAUAAUAAAUAAUAAGUAUUUGAUUUAAUGUUUUGGUAGAGAAAAAAAAUUAAAAUAGUAAAAUCGGGGUAAAAAUCUUACAAGUAGUAUUUAAUUUAAAUGAUUUGUUUUGAGUAAAUAAAAGUAGAAAAAGUAAUAAUUUUUUACUAAAAAAAAAAAGAACACAUGCACACACGCAGGAUUCAACCCUCGACCAAGGGAUAUCUCAUAGCUUGAUCUACGAAGGUUUCACCACCUUUGUUGAGUAAUUGAUGUAGUAACUUUUAGUUUUAUUAUUCAUUUACUUAUUGCUUAAA